AUGGCGCGCACCUGGUUCAUCACUGGAUGCUCCUCCGGCUUCGGAAAAGCUAUUACCAAGGCCGCUCUUGGAGUGGGUGAUAAUGUCAUCGCAACCUCCCGCGACGCUUCCAAACUGGCCGAUUUGGCCCAGAGCGGGGUAUACACUGUAUCUCUGGAUGUAAACUCCUCUCAGAAGGAUAUCGACGCUGUCGUGGCCGACGCUGUGAACAAGUACGGCUCUAUAGACAUCCUCGUGAACAACGCCGGAUAUAUCUUGGAAGGAGGCAUCGAGGAAGUAAGUGACGAGGAAGCCCGCGAUCACUUCAACACCAAUGUUUUCGGCCAGUUGGCGGUCACUCGCGCUGUUCUUCCAUACAUGCGCGCCAAGAAAUCCGGCGUGAUUGCCAACAUGGGCUCUAUCGCUGGCUGGCGCGGUGGAAUUAACUGCGGCAUGUACUGCUCGACCAAAUUUGCCCUGAUUGGCAUCACAGAGGCUCUGAAGAAGGAAGUCGAGCCGCUUGGAAUCACCGUCGUCGCUAUCGAACCUGGGUAUUUCCGUACCGACUUCCUUUCUGGCGGCCACAAGGUGUCGCCCAAGAACAGUAUUCCGGAUCUUGAGCCAGUUAUCAAGCCCUUUAAGGAUAUGUUUUCCAUGUAUGAUCACCAGCAGCCCGGCGAUCCAACCAAGGGUGCUCAGUUGAUUGUCGAGGCUUUGACUGGAACUGGCCGUUGCGCUGGCAAGAAAUUGCCCGCCAGAUUGGCUAUCGGGUCUGAUGCUAUCGCCAUGAUCACUGAAGUGUUGGAGGACAAGAAGAAAGAGUUGGAUGAGUGGAAAGACUUAGCUGUUACCACAGACAUUGCAGCAUAA